AUGAAAAUUGCUCGUUAUUUAUUUCAACAACUUUUUACUUGUGCCUUCGAAUCCGUUCAUUUUUACCACGGUAUAAUCAAUCCACAAAUUGUUGAAUUAUUAUUUGAUGAUAAUAAAUUAAAUAUACCAUUACAAAUACACUCUGAAUGCUCCUAUAUAUACAACUAUGCUAAUAGUCUUUUAUUGAAAAGUUUAUUUAAUCAUAUGCUUUCUAAUGAUUUCAUUAUUGUUGGCUUCGCUAAUGAUCAAACAUUGAAAACUUUAUUUAAAGUUGUGACAAAUGGUGGAAAUAAAUUUAAUAGAGUUUAUUUUAAUGAGUACGACUACCCAAAACUUUAUGAUUUUAUUAUAAAGCAUAUAGAAAUAGGAGAUGUAUCUAAAAUGGUGAGGAAAUUAAUAUUCCGUGUUACUCAAAAACCUAUUAUAAGUAAGAAUGCAAAGAAUAUCAAAAUCAAAGUUGAAAACAACAAUUUAAAAUGUACUAAAUAUCAACUUUCUAAUAAAUGGGAUCCAGAAAUGAAGUUUUGUAUUUAUAAUAGAGAAUAUAUAGACGCUUUACGUCCAGGUUUUGAUGUUGAAAUUAAGAGAAUUAAUUGUUAA